UCACUAGCGUUUGAGAAAGGCGAAACAAGAGGAGAUCCAGCAGAUGAAACGAGAUGGAAAAUCAGGAUAAUUGUUUGCACAGGUCUCGCAGCAGAGAUGCACCAGACCAGUCUGCCUCCUCUGACUUGGACAGCUCUCUGGAAGGGGAAUCUAGACCUGGGAGACAUCAGCAAGGAGACAACCAUGUCACAAGCAAUGGAAGAAUUGAAGUGGAACAUGUGAUUGGCAGAAAGAUGCAACUACAAAGGAAAGCGGAGUGCCUGAAGAACGACCUGAUGCGUCAGUUUGACAGCCAUGUCAGUGACUUCAUGGAUAGUCUUAUUGAAGAAGCGGCGAGCCUCAAAGCUGCUCCUGCAUCUGCCGUCUUCUCCCCACCCCUGUCGGACAAGGAGAGGAGUAAACUUGGGCGCAUUCAACCUCCUCAUGGCCAGGGAAAGCAGUACACAUGUCGGAGAUCCCUCCUGGAUGAGCUGUUUGAGGUGAACCACAUCAGGACCAUCUACCACAUGUUCAUUGCUGUGCUCAUUCUCUUUAUUCUCAGCACACUUGUGGUUGAUUUCAUUGAUGAAGGCAGACUGGUGCUGGACUUUGACCUGCUGGUCUAUGCAUUUGGACAGUUCCCUCUGGUAGUUUGCACAUGGAUCUGCAUGUUCCUGUCGGUGCUGCUGGUUCCCUACAACCUAUUUAACCUGUGGUGUCAGAGCCAGUCUAGCUCUCAUGGUCACCACAGGUUCCACAGCUGGCUGUUUGGCUCUGUAUACCUGCUCUAUCAAGCUUUAGGUUUGGGAUUCCUCCCUCCUUAUGUGGCGGUGACCAACGGUUUGCCGCCCGCGUCCUGCUUCAUCGUCAUCAUGGAACAGGUACGCCUAAUGAUGAAAGCCCAUUCCUUUAUUAGAGAAAAUGUGCCAAGAGUCCUGACUUGGGCAAAAGACAAAAAAGGUCCUGGUCCAGUAGUCCCUCAGGUUUCUCAGUAUCUUUACUUCCUGUUUGCACCCACACUUAUUUACAGAGACCAUUACCCCAGAAACCCAGUGAUCAGAUGGAGCUACGUGGCCACUAAGUUACUUCAAGUACUUGGAUGUACGUUUUAUACAUAUUACGUGUUUGUGCGACUGUGCAUCCCACAGUUUCGCAGCAUCAGCCUGCAGCGGUUCGAUCUGCGGGCCAUGGUCCUCUGUGUCUUUAACUCCAUACUGCCAGGAGUUUUGAUUCUGUUCCUGGGAUUCUUUGCCUUCCUUCACUGCUGGCUCAAUGCUUUUGCAGAGAUGCUUCGCUUUGCAGACAGGAUGUUUUACAAGGACUGGUGGAAUUCAACAUCCUAUGCCAAUUACUACCGGACUUGGAACGUAGUAGUCCAUGACUGGCUGUUUAACUACGUGUACCGGGACUUCCUGUGGAUGUCUCAAAAGCGUUUCCGACCAGCGGCCAUGCUUUGUGUGUUUACACUGUCUGCAGUAGUCCAUGAGUACAUUCUUGUCAUCUGCUUUGGCUUCUUUUAUCCCGUUCUCUUCUGCCUCUUCAUGUGCUUUGGAAUGUUGUUCAACUUUAUUAUGCACGACCAAAGGAAAGGCCCUAUUUGGAACAUAUUCAUGUGGACGUCCAUAUUUUUAGGUCAGGGUUUUAUAAUCUGUCUGUACUCCCAGGAGUGGUACGCCAGGCAUAAUUGUCCACUGAAAGAGUCUUCUUUCCUAGAUAUGCUGAAACCUCGCUCUUGGAGCUGUCGGAGUCCUGAUGUCAGUCUCUGA